CAUACGUACUCGGAAAUUUCCUCUCUCUCUCUCUCUCCAGGAAAUCUGAAAUCUUCCUCCCCAAGAAAACUUCUCGUGAAGAACAUAGAACCAAAGCUUUACCUAUAAGUUUGCUUCAAAGCUACCGUGUCUAGGCAUUUGCAAGCUGAAAGUGAUUUCUGUUCUCGUCAUGGGCGCAGAAGAUAAUCGAAACGAACAAGAACAAGAGCCAGAGUUGUUAGAUCUGAAAACCCUGAAAGUGAUUUCUGUUCUCGGUAGAGGAGCGAAAGGGGUAGCUUUUCUCGUUAGGAAUGAAGUUACAGGGGAAAAUCUAGCUUUGAAGGUGAUCUUGAAGGAUUUAAUCCUGAAGAAGAAGAAAGAAAAUGGAGAUGAAGAUGGUCGGUCUGUUUACAGACGGAUCUGGUUCGAGCGAGAUGUAUUGAAGUCGUUUCGGCAUCCAUUGCUUCCGAGACUUGGAGGAUUUGUGGAAACAGAUAAGAUUAUCGGUUUGGCUAUGGAUUACUGUCCUGGUGGAGAUCUCAACUCUCUCAGGAAGAGACAGACUGAGAAGAUGUUCUCUGACGACAUUAUCAGGUUUUAUGGAGCGGAGUUAGUUCUUGCAUUGGAGUACUUGCACGGAAUAGGAAUUGUUUACAGAGAUUUGAAGCCAGAGAACGUAAUGAUUCAAGAAAAUGGUCACCUUAUGCUCGUCGAUUUCGAUCUCUCAACGAAACUCUCUGCAAAAUCACCGAAACCUCAUCAGAUUCUUCGAUUUAACUCUGAAACGAUAUCCAAAUCCGAAUCCGUGAAGUUGAAACGAUCUCCAUCUUUUUUCCACUGCUUCGGCUCUGGCAUUUCGCCGAUGGACUCGGACUAUUGUAGUACUGAGUCACGAGAUAUGGCGAUUCAAAGCCCCGAUUCGGUGUCGUCAUGUGAGACUGAGAAGUCUAACUCGUUUGUCGGCACAGAGGAGUACGUCUCGCCUGAGAUGGUCCAAGGGAACGGUCACGAUUUCACGGUGGACUCUUGGUGCUUAGGGGUGGUCCUCUACGAGAUGCUUUAUGGACGGACACCAUUUCGAGGGGCCAAUCGCAAGGAAACGUUCUUUCGUGUUCUGGUAAAGUCGCCGGAGCUCGUUGGAGAGCCGACGGCUUUGAGGGAUUUGAUCGGGAAACUGCUCGAAAAGGAUCCGGCGAAGAGAAUCUCCAUCGAGGAAGUCAAGGGUCAUGAUUUCUUUAGAGGCGUAGAUUGGGAAUCUAUAUUGCAGAUCUCGAGGCCACCGUUUAUUCCCUUAAGAUUUGAAGGGGAUACGCAGGGCAUUAAGGGAAUUGAUGUGGAGUUAUUUGUACACGAGGUUUUUGCCGGUGAAGUUGUUGGGGAUAUUAAAGGUUCCGGAAAUUUGGAUGAGAAUAAAAAGAGAGAGGCUCAUGGUAAAGAAAUCUUGGUGGAGACACAGAAAGAUCAUUCAAAAAGUGCUGAUUUUUUAAUUUUUUAAUUCUUCGGAAGCAUCUAUACGAUUUAUAUCCGCAUAUAUUGACAAAUUCUAUGUCAAGCCAAUAGACAUGGGAGGGAGUCUGUCAUGAUAUACAGGGAAGCCCUCGAGAGGGAAAACCUACAUGAUCAGAGAGGAGAGAGUUUAAUGUGUACUACAGCAAUGUGUAUAUCAUUUUUCCUUUUUAGUUUUUUAAUCUAUAAGGUUAGACAUCAGAGUAGUGACUAAUCAAGUUGAACAAUUGCUGCUUUAGAAUUUUUUUUUUUUUCAUUUUUGUAAAUAUAUAAAUUAAUAAUGUAUUCUUUAUAUUAUAAUUCAUUACUUUUUUUCA